AUGCUGUUAUUGAUACUUCUACUAUUCUCAGGGAUCACAGCUAUCGAAAUCCCGAAAGAAGUGAAACUCUAUGUGGGACAGGUCUAUUCGUUGUCUCUUCCACAAGGUUCGCGAGUCGAAGAUGCAUCGGGUGGUCCAAUCAGUAAUUGGUUGACUCUCGACAUAGAGACUUUAAUGGGACUUCCACAGGGAGAACAUGUCGGCAAACAUUAUGUCAAGGUGACGCAUCCCAAUGGAGAAAAUGUGAUCGAGUUUAAAGUCAGCGAAGAAUUCUUAAAUCCCUGUGGUGAGACGGAUUCUUUCUGGGUGGAAGUUCUAUUUGAAGGGAGCAAAUUGGUGCAAGAUAAAGUGAGAGCCGCGAAGAUGGUUCAUGAUUUCACUGAAGUCGAUUUGGAGAAAAUUCGGCUUUUCGAUCAAGAGAAUUUCUACGUACAUUUCAUAAAGAAGGUCUACACACCAGAAUAUGGAAAAGCUAUUCGAGACUUGACAAAGCUUGAGAUGAAUGGAAAUGAUGAGAGUUUACAACAAGGACUCGAGGAUUUAUUUCAUGUUGUUGUGCCGGGUGAUUGUGCUGAGGGAAAUGAACAGGAACAAGAUUUGCCUGAGAAAGCCCUGCAAAUUCUUGAGAUCAUCUUUGAGAAGCAGAAAUCGGGAGAAAUUUCGGCGGUGAAUGCUGAGAUCUUCCAAGGACGAGUGCGAUCACGUCAAGAAAGACAAGGAGUUAAAGAUAUCAUCUCGAAUUUCGAUUUCGCUACUUCGGCACCAGAUAUUGUUGAAGAGGACUUUGAAGUGACAACGCUGACGACGACAACGAAGAGAUCCGUUCGUCCAAAUAGUCGAGGUUCCGAUUCUUCGCCACAAAAAAUUAGGAUCGCUUUCUUCGAUGAAAUAGGAAUUUUGUGCUCGAUGACAAUCCCAUCUGACACUUUUAUGGAUCCGGAAGAUGGAAAAACGGAGAAAUUGAAGCUUGAAGUGAAAUCGAAUGGAGCUGAUGAGAAAUGGGUGAAGGUGGACAAAAUGCAAAUAUCGGCCGUUCCAUUGAAAGAAGGAGAAUUCCAGAUGAGACUCGAAGCAAGAGACAAAAAUAAUCAGAUGGUAUCCGCUCCAUUCAAUGUUUUGGUAGAAGACUCCUCAAUUCCAAAUCACAAAUUCUUCUUCGAAAUGGACACUUUAUAUGAUCGAUACACAUCAAAUCCUCAUCUUUUGAUUUGUCCAACUGAUGAAAUUGAGGCAAUGAAGCUGACAAUGGCCACGAAGAAACAAAACAAUCCAAAGGGUGUUUUCAUGAAGGCAAUGGGUCCAGAGUAUAUGGUGAGAAAGUGCUUGCUCUUCCAUCAGCAUCAUCCGAUUCCUCAUCACCGUCUGUUGUCUCUCCAAAUCGUGAAUCCGGCUUUGGAUGGUUGGCUUUGGCUGCAGCGUUGGCUCUUCUUUAUUUGUCGAUUGCUCUCGCAUUAUGCUGUUGUUUGGCUAAGAGACCAAAAAGAAGGAGAAACCAAGCGAGUUUGUCUCACAAAGGAUUACCCGUCGUUUUCCCCCGAAGAGGUGGCUGAUGAAUCGGAGACAGCCAUCGGCAUCAACGCCAAUGCUUGUCAAAGAGGAGGACCACCAUUGAAGGUGUCGCAACACGAGAAUCCGUUGUACAAGCCACCACCUCCACUCACUUCUUCAUUCUCUCCUCGCGGUACAACUCCCGGGUUGGCUGGUACUCCAUCAUGCAAAGACUUCCACCUCCAUAUGUUCCCCCAUAAUUGUCUUCUUAAAUUU